GACACACGCGGCACUGCUCCUACCAGACCACGGACAGGUGCCCUGUGUCCCAGCUGUUCUUCAACGCGGACCUCCACGAAGUGGCCACGGAGAACCUGAUGCAGGUUGGCCGCGGGCUCUUCCGCCACGCCGACCGGGACCUCGUGAGGGACACCGUUGCCGCCGGCUUCCAGACCAUCAGCAAGCAGCUGGAGGAGCACGCGCCGGCCGCGUUCCAGGCGCUCACGCAGAUCAAGCUGGAGGCGAAGGACACCAAUGCGGUGCUCAGCUGGCUUCGCCUUAUGAGCGUCCCAGAGGUGCAGUCCAUCGGCUUCGAGGUUGCACUGGCAGUGCGGCGGAGCCUGACCGUGAACAGGGCCAAGGUGAAGGCGCAGAUCGAG